AAUGGAAAUGACAAGGAGAUUACUUUCAAAAUAGCAUCGAUCACUAUUUUUGAAAAAAGAUUAUGAUUGCUGAUUACAGUGAAACGGAUACCAUGGAAAUGACGCAUCUUUUAUAGCUUUCAUGCCUUAUGGUGACCCCGCUGUUAGGUUUAUCAAAACUGCUCUUCGGGAACUCUUGACUUAUUAAUAUGAUAGAGAGAUGUAAGCAGAUAAAGGAUCAUCCUCGGUAUCAAAAUUGCCAGAGAAAAAACUGCACUCACCCAAAAUCAGCUGGAGGCGGCACUUAGGUGACGUCAGAAAAUGUAAAACUGGUAUUUUCAGAUUUUUGAAUGAUUGAUCAAAACUGAUAGUUAUUCCAAGUUUAUUGAUAUUGUCAAAACUGUCAGAAAACAGCUUCGUGAGAACAAUUUAAAAGGUAUGUGAAUAUUUACUGAGAACCUUUGUGCGAAAGGAUCGGUUAAAAAAAAUGGCUACGAAUAUGAAGCUGAUGCAGGAAAUUAGUGACCAAUUCCUUCAUUGUAAAAUAUGUUUGGAACCAUACAAAAGCCCAAAAACACUAACGUGCUUACAUACGUUUUGUUCAGAAUGUAUUCAGCAGCAUGUGGAUUCGGAAAACACGCGUUCUCGAUACUCUUUAUACAACCGCCACGUCACCUGUCCCCUAUGUCGCAAACGAACAGAAAUUCCUACAGGUGGAGUUCGACGUCUUCCAGAUAAUUUUUUAUUGGCCAAUCUGACGGAAGUGAUUGACAGAAAAAGACCACUGAAAAUCCCACCAUGUGAAAUUUGCCAUACUGUUAGACCAAGAAGCAACGAUGCAUGUUCAAAGUGCCUAGAUUGCUCAAAAUUGCUAUGUAAGGCCUGUGUUGAAUUACAUUUAACAACAAAAGUCACGCAGAAUCAUAGCUUGAUUGAUGUUGAGGGAGAAAAAGAUAUUGAAUGUAAAGUUCAUCCAGAUGAAAUUGUUCGAUUUUACUGCGAACCUUGUGAUGCCUGUAUUUGUGUUGUAUGCACUUUUCAGGAACAUCGGGACCAUGAAAUAUGUUCAUUCAACGAAGGAUACUCGAAAUAUAAAUCCUCCAUGGAAUCAUUGUUGAAUAACUGUAGAAGCAGAUACGAGGUUGUCCAAGAUCGAAUCAGUAUUAUGAAUCAAUGUGAAACGAUUCUGAAGGAGACGAGAGAAAAUAUACGAGACCUGGCUAUUAGUUAUAUCCAACAAGUGCGAUCAACUGAAAAAGAGCUGCUCAAAGAAGUUGAAUCUUAUUUUGGUGAAAACAUCAUGUCUUUUCUUGAAAAUAAAGACUGGCUCCAAGAAAACUUAGACGGGCUUCAAAAUGCGUGUAACUUGACAGAUAUUAUAAUGAGGGACAAAGGUGUUGAAAUGCUACUAUUAAAGAAAGAGAUGCAGAACAAACUAGUAUCGCUUUUAGAACCCACUCUUCCCGAACCUCCAGAAGAUGUAACCAACUUUACAACUAAAAUUAGAUUUGUUCCAGGUGGAAUAAAAUUCGGAAAGAUCACAUUCAAUGGUAAUUCCGAUGAAAAUGAAAAUUCAGAAUAUUCAAUGGAUCUGCAGAAGAAUUCAUUUGGAUGCCAGACUGACGACUCUGCAAAUGAGGAAUGGGCCAAGCGUUCAAAAGAAAGUAGCAUACAAAGCUUCUCCGAAACUGGUUCUGUGGCAUCUGAAAUGGAAAUCAGUUACACUUCAGAGGUCACAAACUACUACGGACAUAAAAUGGGUUCGCAAAGUAGCCUUCGUUCCCUGACACCAGUUCCAACCGUUGAUGCUUGUAUGCAAACCUUUUCAAAUGUUGGCUCUAAAGGUUCCGGUAUUUGUGUGAAAUGCUGUCAAGAUUUACAAUCUGAGGUCAACAUUGCCUCAUCAAAUUUCAACACUGCCCCUUGUGUUCAAGAUGUUAUUGUCCUUGAUUCGGCAGAGGGAAAUCCCAAAGAAUGGCGGCGGAGAAGACGAAGUUUGAUACGGAGUAGGCGAGUUCAAACUGAUCUUUCCAUGUCAAAUGAAAGUGUAGACGAAAUGAGUCUCUCUGUUCCGAACUUGCGACAUAUACCAGAAAGAAGCCUUUCUUGUGGUGCAAUGACAGGCAUGCCUCAGCGAGAAACAAGAACAAUAGCUCUGGAUCCGAUCAUUUUAGAGUGUAUCAAUGAAAAGAAACAUAAGAUAUCUACUCGAGAUACAACGACAAUGACAACUAUGGAAAUGAAACCAGUCGUGCCAACUAGAAAUGCAUCUACUGUCACCAAUUCACCCCGUACAAGAGACUCAGAAAUGCAAACCAAAGUAGAAAAUAAAACAUGUGAUACACAAACUCCGAAAGUGAUUCAGUCCACUAAGAAAAUUGGGACCGAUUAUGCUGGACAAACAGAUAAAAGCACGGCUACCGUUAAAGUCUCUCUUAUGGACAGUGAAACCACCAUGCCGACGAUCUGUCACUCUUCUGUUGAGACCUGGACAGAUCCGCCAUCCACAACUGAUAGGUCAACCUUUACUGUAGUUUGUGAGAAGGCAGAUGCAGUGACGGAAAUGACGCCAAUUUCCGUCUCAGAUCAGGGUUUGCAAGUAAAACCCAACCAACAAGACAUGAAUACUUUAACACAACCAAUAAAUAUGUCAAAUUCUUGUAUUCAGACUGAUCAUUGGGAACCAUCGGGAUCUUCUGAAAAUAGAAAAUCUUGGCAUGGUGGUCUACUGAAACUAUUCAAAGGAAAAGGAUCCGUAGAUAGUCGAGGUUCGAAUGAUAGGCUUUCCAGUCAGUCGAGUUUAACAGAAAUGCUACCACCUCUGAGUCCCACAAUGGUAGAAGCAAGCACAGAGACAUUCUCUGCUGUGUUUUCAGAUAAAGAAACAAAUACUACUAAAUCAACAACUACAGACCAAUGGACUGAAACACAUAAUCCUGUUUUGGUCAGUACAGGCAUAUCUCCGCCUCGGCCGGCAACAAUAGAUUCUAGUGUGGAGACAAACCCCUUAAUACUGAUGGACCAAGCAACACAUACAGAAACUGUCAAGUUAAAAGACUCGACAACUGAGACCACACUUGUUGUUCAAGAUAAUGAAACAUUGACCGAAAGAUUAAAGUGCCAGGAUGCUCAAACAUUUGUAGAUUUAAUGACGGAAACAAAAGAGACAAGCACUGAUAUAAAACAAAUCAUCGAUGCCAGUGUAGGUACAUCAGAUAUGUUACCAGAGAGUAGAUCGCUAACAGACAUGUAUCUUGGAAAAUGCUCAACUCCAAAGCACAAGUCAACAAACGUGAGCCUAGAAGAAUUUGUACAAAGGGUUGAUACAGCAACAAAUCCUUCACCACCUGAUGUACACGACCGUGGUACUAUGGCUAUGUCGUUUGGCCAGUCUUCUCUAAUGUUCACAGAAACUUCAACACAAACCUCUAUGAUUAAUCUCUUUGACAAGUCAAUAGGUACUUCGCGUGAUUUUGAUCAAAGACCAAUUGAAUAUUGUGAUAUGGCAACAUCAACCGAAUCGUUACCGUACAUCGGUUUAUUGAGUGAAUUAGAAGGAGACGAACUCUUUCUUAUCCCCGAAUCUGCAUUUGAUCUUGUGUCAUCGGAACCAUCUAUAGACGAAUUUGGUGAUCCAAUUGAAAUGGUGGAUGAUUACACAUCAACGGAUUUUGCUCCAGAUACCGAGACUGCCACGCAGACAUUCGUUAUUCCUUUUCCCCAAGCAAACGAAGUUGAACUUAAUGAGUCAGAAGUAUGGAAGCAUUCGAAAAGGAAGGACAAGGAAGGAAAGGAGAUAAUUGAUGUAGGCACUAACACUCUUCCAAAACUGACAUUUGAAAAAGAAACGUCCACACCAAUUCGGCAUCUAUUUUCGAAAGGGACAAUGACAUUUUACAUUGCAAAAUCCGAUAAAGCUACAAGUACUUUCAGCAAUUCCAGACAGAUAGCUGAAAAUGUUUUCGGGAAUAAGACAGUACAUGAUACAGCAAAUAAACUCACCAUGACUCCCAAGAUAGAGGUAUCUGAUGCAUCCACCCUCACAGAAACAAACUCUGUCGCGGAAGGAAAAAUGGCGGCUUGCAUUUCAAAAUUACAAAAGGUGUCACAGCGGUUACAAAGUCCUACUCAAAAAAAUAUGCCGGAUGUACCUUGGAAAAGUUCAUCGGAAGAUCAGCUGUCUUCUAAAGAGAACUCAAAUGACGUUAUUGACGCAACGGAACAAGAACGACAGAAAAAUGUCCAACAGUUAAUAGCACAAUCCAACGAUGUUGGAAAAGCUAAAAAGGGGGACAGAAAACCACAACCAAUAACAACAUUGAAAGGAAAGACACUGCUACCUCCAGAAGAGUCCCUCAAUAAAAGUGAUAUUCUUCCUCGUGAUACUGGGGGAAAUGAGACAAUGUUACCUGGGAACACAAACAACAGCAAUCAAAUGCCCCGAUAUAAUUCAGCGCCAGGAAAAAUUGCGACGGUACCGAACAAGAAAUAUAAGAUUAAUCAGAAACAGCAUAAUAAAUCCCCAAGUCGUAUUCCUGUUCACACAGGUAGUAACACUUCAUUGGAUAUAACGCCUGUUGUAAAACCAAAAUUUCCAAAGGCUACGGGUACUUCAAGGCCAUCCUCAACAGAGUCCGAAUCAACGGCGUCAUUUAUUUCGUGCAACUCAGAUAGUUCAUUUAUUUCGAAUGACGCCAAAAUGGACUUUUCGUCUUUGAAAAUUAAUCCUAAUCAAACUCCCUCUUCCCUUCCUAAGGAAAGAGGGAAGGCAGAGGAGGAUUCAGCAAAGAAACCUCAAUCGCAGAAAAAGGCCAGUUCUUCUAAUGUGAGCUUUAUGCAAAAGCUUUUCUCGAAGAAGAAAAAAGAUCCCGAUCCAAUCAAAAAUCUACCAAAAACACAUGGUAAAGAACCAAAACAGCUUCCGAAAGCAAAUCCUCCUCCGGACACGGAACCGAUGAAGCCACAGAAAUCGAAACCUUUCGUGUACAUUCGACAGAAAUACAUGUCAAUAGAACAUGACAGUGAGGAAGAAAAGCCCGGAAGUGAAGCCUCAGGAGGAAACCCUAGACCCGUGUCCCCGUUCCCAAAGAAGGACCGUCCCACGAAAAAUGAAGUAGGAAAAACAACUCCAAAGUCAACCCCAAAACGGUCACAAUCAAAUCGGAAAUCUAGACCAAAAUCUAAAGAGAUAAAGCAAGGCGAAGGAGGCAGUAAUUCAGACGUGCGCCCAUUGUCUUCCUAUGAUAAUCUGUGAUAGAAACUAUAAAACAACAAAUUCAAUGUUUUAUCGGAACAUACAAUAAUGAAACUUUUUUUUCUUUUUAUAUAGCAAUAUCUUGAGCGUUCUCAUUUUGUUAUAUGUAUUUAAAUAUCGUGUAAUUUUGUAGAUACAUUGAAAUGUAAAAUUCAUAACUAAUAUCCUACACUUUCAGGUGGUAGUUUUCAGGUAGUUGCUAGAAUCCGUCCUCAAUUUUUUAGUUUGGAUAUACCUUCAGAGAUAUAUUGUAUGAUUUGUUUAUCCAUUUUAGAUGACUUUCAAUAUUUGCGAAAAAUAUAUCCUAUACAACUCUAUAUAUAUACUCACUUGUAGAGAUUUCAUUUUUCACAUUUGUCUACAGAGUGCAAAUCAAUUAAAAUUUGACAAUCCAUGGAAAAAUGUUUUUUUUUAUGUAAAAUGUAAGCGAAACUUCUAUAUUGAGUGCUGAAUUUAGACAUUGUAUCCUACGAGACAAUUCUCUUGUGUGUAUAUUUAUCUGUUCAAAAGAUUGCUGAACUCUGUCAUCUCAGAACUAUAUUGUAUAGAUUGUGUAACACAUUCAUAUAAAAGUAAUGAAUUGUGCUGAAAUAAAUUUAUGAAUGGUC